AUAUUAACACUAAUUGGAGUGUCUCAUACAUUUGAGUGCAGCCAUGAAAAGGUCAUUCAGUAGUUUCAUUCAUCUUCGUCGUUGUUUUUUGGUAGUUAUGAUCUUAUUUGCAUUGAGUUCGGUUGUGAAAGCCCAAUUGAGUACGGAUUUCUACCAGCAAACAUGUCCAAAUCUUCUCAAAAUCGUCCGGACAGAGGUUCAGAAUGCUAUCAAAUCCGAAAUGCGAAUGGCUGCUUCGUUGCUUCGGCUUCACUUCCACGACUGCUUUGUCAACGGUUGUGAUGCGUCGAUACUACUCGAUUUACCUGAUGGUGAGAAGUCUGCCUUUCCGAACGUGAAUUCAGCGAGAGGAUUUGAAGUUAUCGAUGCAAUCAAGAGCUCCGUGGAGAGUGCAUGUAGUGGAGUUGUUUCUUGUACUGAUAUACUAACCAUAGCUGCCCGAGAUUCUGUGGUCUUAAGUGGAGGAAAUUCAUGGAAAGUUUUGCUGGGAAGAAGAGACGGGUUUGUGGCAAACCAGACAGGAGCAAACGUUGGGCUUCCUUCUCCAUUUGACACGCUUGAUGUCAUCAUUUCCAAGUUCGCCAAUGUAGGCCUAAAUGUCACAGACGUGGUAGCCUUAUCAGGAGCUCAUACAAUUGGGUUAGCAAGGUGUGCAACUUUCAGCAACAGAUUGUUCAACUUCCAAGGAACAGGUGGUCCAGACAGCACGUUAGAUUCAAGUAUGGCAACUGAUCUACAGAACCUAUGCCCUGUGACCAGCGACGGAAACAACACUGCGGUUCUUGAUCGGAACUCUAGAGAUUUAUUCGACAACCAUUACUUUCAGAACUUGCUCACCGGAAAGGGCCUUCUCAGUUCUGAUCAGCUUUUAAUUUCUAGUGAUUUAGCCGAUACAACAAGUAUCAAGAGCUUGGUCCAAAGCUAUAGCUCUAAUUCCAACCUUUUCCUGGCAGAUUUUGCUAAUUCUAUGAUCAAAAUGGGAAGUAUAAGUCCACUCACCGGGUCUGCUGGAGAGAUAAGAAAGAACUGCAGGGUUGUUAAUUCUUGAAUAAAUGGUACACAGUCAAAAAAGUUGCAUGUAGUCAGAACCAAGUAGUUUCACUUUCCACAUGUAAUUUUCAGUUAAUAAUGCCUUGAGAAAGAAAGUAAAUUAGUGACUUUCCAUCAAUUAAGCAAUAAUGUGUGUGCGCGCGCGCUCCCGCGCCAUGUUCGAUCCUGUGACCAAAUUCAUGAGAGCAUAAUGGUCUGAUUUAUCAAAUGAGACUUCAUCAGUCA